GGGCAUUUAGCUUGGCAAUAUGGCGUCGGCGAGGCAGCGAAGGCCGCCGCUUUUUCUCUUCCAGGCUCUUCUGGGUUUCUGAGGCAGGCCGGCCCCGAGUAUGGGCUCUCUGUCGCCGCUCAGCUUCCUGUGGGGACUCCUCCUGCUGCAGGGCGUCCUGAGGCCGCUGCGCGGGGACCCGGUUUUCAUCCCACCUUUCAUCCGGAUGUCCAGCCCUGAGGUCCGCGCGACCCUGGUCGGAGGCAGCGAGGAUGUCGCCGUGUCUCUGGCUCCGCUGCAGGUCGAGGACGGAGUGUUACCAGUUCCUACCUGUGGCGGCCUCCACAAUGAGACAGCGGAUUGGAAUGUGACUGUGAGCCCCCGAGAGAACACGCUGGAAGUGACCAUAAGGUGGAAGAGGGGUCUAGACUGGUGCUCCGCAGGCGAGACGGCCUCGUUCUCAGAGCCCCCGUGCGUCGUGCAGACCCUGCUGGUUUCAGCCUCCCACAAUGCAUCCUGCUUAGCGCAUCUGCUCAUCCAGGUGGAGAUUUAUCCUAACACAUCUGUAACCCACAACGUGUCAGAGAACAUGACUGUCAUUCCUAACCAAGUCUGUCAGCCCCUGGGUCCCUGCCCGUGCGACCUAACAGCCAAGGCCUGUGACAUUCGAUGCUGCUGUGACCAGGACUGUCAGCCGGAACUAAGAGAGCUGUUCCAAUGGUCCUGCUUCUCCGGCGUGUUUGGAGGGCACGUCAGCCCUCCGUCCCACCAUCACUGUGCAGUCGGCACUACACACCAGACUCCUGACUGGUUUCCCUUCCUGUGUGUGCAGUCGCCACCCUCCACCUCGCCGUUCCUGGGUCACUUCUACCACGGUGCCACUUCCCCCAGACAUUCCCCCGGCUUUGAAGCCCAUUUGCACUUCGACCUAAGAGACUUCGCUGACGCCAGUUACAAACAAGGAGAUCCCAUUUUGACCACGGAGGGGUAUUUUACCAUCCCUCAGGUGUCUCUAGCUGGGCAGUGUCUACAGGAUGCUCCUGUGGCUUUCCUGAGGAAUUUUGACAGUAUAUGUACCAUGGACCUAGAAGUGCACCACGGAAGAGAUGGAAUUGUCCCCGAGAACGUGAAGAUCCGCACGACAGGAGGCCCAGUCACACCAACUGUAACCUAUGAGGAAGCCACUGACCUGGACAAGCUCAUCACCAGUCCAGACACAAUUUUAAGUGUCGGAUCGGCCCCCAGAAACGUGAAUGUGGAAGAACAUUAUGUUUUUAGAUGGCAAAAUAAUUCCAUCAGCGGCUUAGACAUCACAAUCGUCCGGGCAGAAAUCAGUGCCCACCAGAGAGGAACGAUGACCCAGAGAUUCACAGUGAAGUUUUUAAGCCAUCACAGUGGUGGUGAGAAGGAAUUUUCUGGAAAUCCAGGUUACCAGCUUGGCAAGCCGGUCCGAGCCCUGCGUGCCGACGACGGGAUGAACGUCAGCACACUGCACCUCUGGCAGCCAGCUGGAAGGGGCCUGUGCACAUCAGCCACUCUCAGACCCGUUUUAUUUGGAGAAAAUGUCUUCUCUGGCUGCCUGCUAGAAGUUGGGAUUAAGGAGAACUGUACACAGCUCAGGGAGAAUGUCCUUCAGAGACUGGAUUUGCUGAUACAGGCAACGCACGUUGCGAGGAGAGGCAACUCGGACUACAGUGAUCUGAGUGAUGGCUGGCUGGAGAUCAUACGUGCCGACACCCCUGAUACAGGGGCCGACCUGCCCCUGAGCCGUGCGAAUGGCGUGUGCCCGGAAGUUCCAGCCCGGCUCUCCAUCCGCAUUCUUACUGCUGAAGCUGGCUCUGUGGAAGGGGUGGCUCAGCGGGAGAUCCUGGCUGUGGAGACAAGGUUUUCCACCGUGACCUGGCAGUACCAGUGUGGGCUCACCUGUGAGGACAAGGCCGACCUUCUCCCUCUCACUGCCUCUGUAGAGUUCAUUAACGUCCCUGCGCAGAUGCCCCGCCCCCCGACGAGAUUCCAGAUCAACUUCACAGAGUACGACUGUACCCGCAAUGAGCUGUGUUGGCCCCAACUCCUGUACCCUCUGACCCAGUACUAUCAAGGGGAGCCCCAGUCUCAAUGUGUGGCCAAAGGCCUGAUGCUGCUGUCACUCCUCAUGCUGGCUGUCCUCCUCAGGCACCCCUGGGUCAGGAUGUGCAAAGCCUGGGACUCAGCUCCCAUCUACCAUUAAGUUUCCUCGGAGACUCAGCGUACUCAGCGGCUCCCCAUCAGCCCGUGCGCCCCUCUGAAACCUGUCGGUUUGAGACAGGGUCUCUCUACGUAGCCCUGGCUUGCUUCUAAGCUCACAGAGAUUUGCCUGUCUCCACCUCUGGAGUGCUGGAUUAAAGGCAUGCUCCACCAUGCCUGGCCUCUCUGAACCAUUUUAAUAAACAGAAUGUCUAUUUUUA